AUCACAGUCUGUCCAUACGUACAAGAUCACUUCCGCCAAAAUCCCGAAUAAUGGUAUCAUCUUGAACAAUCAAAUUUCAAAUUUAACCCCAAAGCCUCGUCAAUCUGGCUUUUCAAAGCGAUAUCCGCACACUUACAUCACGCCUCACACGGCAGCUCUUUCUUGGAUCGCCGCAGCACCUUGCGAUGGAAACACGAAUAAUCAAGGUUUCUGGACCUGGAGAGCUCUACGGUCAAUUCAAAAAUGCCGCUGGGGUAGAAAGAUUGCAUGAAUGGUCUGUAAAUGGUGUUGCUGAAGACGUCAUCGGGCCGUUGCGGGACGCUGGCGAAUACCUCCGAACAAACGAUACACCAGUUGCCUUUCCAACAGAAACAGUGUAUGGAUUGGGUGCCGAUGCAACGCGAAGUACCUCCGUCAAGGGAAUAUUUUCAGCAAAAGGGAGACCUUCCGACAAUCCCCUGAUUGUUCAUGUGUCUGACCUGCAAAUGUUGCGUGGGCUGCUGCAAAACACCACGCCCGAUGAAGACCCUAUACCAACCAUGUAUAAAGCUCUUAUCGACAAAUUUUGGCCUGGACCACUUACAAUAUUACUUCCAAAUGCCCAGCCAUCCAAACUUGCACCCGAAGUGACGGCUGGGCUGCCUACUUUUGGAGCUCGCAUGCCGUCGUCAACCCUUGCACUGUCUCUCAUUAAGCUAGCUGGCGUCCCUUUAGCUGCACCUUCAGCAAACGCUUCCACUAAGCCGUCACCGACAGCAGCUCAUCAUGUCAAACACGACUUGAAUGGUCGAAUAGAACUUAUCCUUGAUGGCGGGCCAUGCCAAGUCGGUGUCGAGAGUACAGUCGUUGACGGCUUGUGUGAGCCUCCUGUUAUACUGCGACCGGGAGGCAUCAGCUUGGAAGAGAUUCGAAGUUGUCCGGGAUGGGAAAACGUGGCGCAAGCGUAUAAAGAUCAAAGUGAAGUGGGAAAAGCUGCACCAAGGGCACCUGGUAUGAAAUACAAGCAUUAUAGCCCCAAAGCGAGAGUUAUACUCUAUGAAGACAGCGUCAGUCUUGGCAGGACAGGUCUUACAGCAGAAGAUCUGGCAGAGACUUUAAACACGAGCAGGGCUGGUUGUAAACAGGUUGGAAUUAUCCGAACUCGAAUUUGGAAAGCCGGAGCCGGUCUACAAAUGGUAGCCAAAGAAGCAACCAAUGGGACAAGUGAAGUGAACGGCCACAAAAUCAUUCAGAACGCCCUGUACGAAGUCACAACUGCAGAGUUACGCAGCAAAUCGGGAAUGACGACUAGCCGGGUGAUUGACGUCAACUUAGGAAGCGAUAUAAGAAAGAUUGCACAAGGGCUUUUCUCUGCAUUGCGAGAUCUGGACAGCCUAGGGGUAGAUGUUAUUUUUGUGGAAGGCAUAGACGAUAAAAUAGAUAUUGCUGCAGCGGUGAUGAACAGACUACGCAAGGCAGCGUCAGAAAUACGGUCAUAGAUUUCGUGAACGACUCAUAUAUAAUUU